AAAUUCUAACCAAAAUUAAAAAUACAUAUAUUGAUGCAGGUGACAGGUAAGAGAGAUUUGACACAAUGUGCAGAUUAUAAUAUAAUAUGGGCUGCUUCUUCACUCUCUGCCAAUCCAUAUGCCAGUUUGGAAACUAUAUUUUUCUUUUUAAUUCUAAUAAAUCCUUCCAAGAUCACCUCUGGCAACAUCUAGCCUUCAUCCAGCUUGUGACUUGGAUCUCUCUCACCCCCCCCCUCUCUCUCUCUCUCACACACAUAAGAUUUCUUUCUCCCAGUCCAUAUAUUUUCCCCUCAUUUUCAAUUUCUGGCCUGUACUGCUCUAAUCAACUUCAGAUUGACCCAUCAUCAUCAACAACAAUGCAAGACUCCAUUGGUAUUCCGGCUUGCUUUUCUUCUGCAGAUAAGUUCACUGAUGAUCCCGGGGCGGUCACCCGAUCGGGCCAGAGGGUUUACAUGUCAUUAUAUAGAACAAAGAUGGCUGAUCAGUGCCGUUUGAUCACCGUCACAUGGUGCAAAAACUCAAUGCUUCAUGGCCUAUCAGUAUCAGUGGGAGGCCUGGAAGGAGAAACAUCAUAUACCUGUAAGGUUGAGCUAAAGCCAUGGUACUUCUGGAGAAAGCAAGGCACCAAGCGGUUCAUGCUAGAUGGUAAACCUGUAGAUAUCUUCUGGGACCUCAAAGCUGCGAAAUUUCAUGGAGAAACAGAACCGACCUCGGAAUACUAUGUAGCAGUGGUUUGUGAUGAAGAGAUAGUUCUGCUCCUGGGUGAUCUUAAGAAAGAUGCCUACAGAAAGACAGGUUGCAGGCCAGCUCUUAUUGACCCUAUUUUGGUUUCAAAGAAGGAACACAUAUUUGGGAAGAAGAAGUUCACCACUAGAGCUAAAUUCCAUGACAAAGGUAGGAAACAUGAGAUCUCAAUAGAGUGCAAGAACAAGGGAAGCAUUCAGAUCAACAACAAUGGCGAUUCCUUAAACGGGGUUGAGCCAGAAAUGGAGAUAAGGAUCGAUGGGCAUUUGGUGAUUCAUGUGAAGCAUUUGCAGUGGAAAUUCAGAGGCAACGAAUCAAUUCAUCUCAGCAAAAUGAGAAUAGAGGUAUACUGGGAUGUUCAUGAUUGGCUCUUUAGUCCAGGAUUAAAGCAUGCUUUAUUCAUAUUUAAGCCAAUUAUGUCAUCAUCACUGUCAUCAUCAUCUUCUUCAUCAACUCCAUUAUCAUCUCAGACAGAGAGUUUUGGGUCACUGGAAACUCUUGGCGUUAAUGGGUCAUCAGAGUUUUGCUUGUUUCUCUAUGCCUGGAAGGUUGAGUAAUUUUAUCAUCAACCUGAAGCUCCAUCAUCAUCACCACCAUCACUGAUCAACCCCAGCAAGAAAUAGAAUAGAAAAGGACAUAUGGGCCUGCAAGUGAUGGAGCGACAUGGAGUGGGCAAGAUAGGGACUAGUUAGAGAGAGAAGGCACUGACAAUGCUAGUGGGCCCAAACAGAAGGUUUCGGGAGUUAAUUACAGCUGUAGUUGAAAGAUUGGGCAUAAUUGGACAAGACAGAUUGGAUCACACACACAUAUACACAUGCUCUGUUUGUCUCCAUCCACCACAUGGACAUUCACCGUCCUCCUCCUUGAUCUGAUCUUGAAAGGAGAGCUAUGUAUUCUUUCAAAAUCCAUGAACCAAAGGAAUAUGUAAUCUAUAUAUUUUCUUUAUAUACAGGAAUAUAAUUCACAA